AUGUCACAACUAUCCAUCGUGCUCAACACAACCCUCACCCUCAUCGGGCAAUUCCAAACAGCUCUCACAACCCAACCGACCGCCGCAGCAACCGAAGCCGCCACGCAAGAUGUCGAAGCCCUGCCCCUCCUAACGGCCUCGUCGAGCGCGCUCAAAGCUCAAGUCACAAGGCUUUCUUUGCUUACUAUUACCUCUCCAUUCACACAUUCAGCUAUCUGCACUGUGCUCCGUGAUCUCAAUGAGUCCGUCCUGCCGUCCAUCGUUACCGCUGCCCUCCUUGUUACACCAGCGCAACACACCAAGGCGUUCAACUCGGAAGUUGUUGUUCUGGUUAAGACCACUCUGACUGAACUGCUUAACCUUGUGUCAGAGGUCAAGCGCGUUGGACAGAAGAAGGAUCAGCAGAAGAAGGAUAAUGGGAAAGAGAACGAUCUGAGCAAGGCUGAGAAGGACGUCGUUACCCUUGCUACAGGUCGCGUCUGGGAUGCAUGCGAUACCGUAACUGAUGUCGCGAACAAGGGCGUGGUUGGAUUCGUCAUGCGCCGCGUCGAGCAAUGGAGGGAUCUUGUUCGCGAUGCCGUUGAAGAAAUCGAAGACUGGGACCCCGAGGAAGAUGGAGAUGAGUUUUUCGAUGAGCUUUUAGGCGAUGAUGGGAAGGAGGACAUAGACGACGAGGACUCCGAUGAUGGCGAUGACGAUUACGAAGAAACAGCCGCCCUGCAGGAGCACAAGAAGUCUACUAUCCGGUUCCUCAAGCCUGUUGCCCAGGUCUACCCUGCUAUCAUCAACAACCGUCUCAAGAACGUCGGAAAUGCGCCUCUUUCCGCGCCGUCUGGCGUCAAGAAUUUGGAGUCAUUAAUGUUGAACCUACAAGCUAUUCCCGACCACGUCGAUGAGGCGGCUGGUGCGUUAUACGAGGCCGAUUUCAAUAAGUCCGGUCAGUACCUGCAAAAAACGAGGAAGUGUGCUACGAAAGCAGUGGACUUGGUUAUGUCACCUUGGGUUGCCUCUGGUUCUGAUGAUGCACCAGCAGACAAGUUCACCACUUGGUCAAAGACAUGGCUUAAGGUUAUUGAUGAAAUUAGCAAGCCAAUUGAUGAGAACUGA